AGUCAGGCAGUCCCGAGCGCAGGCUGGGCUGCCAAGGAACCCAGGAGCUGGACGGCUCGUCCCAGUGGCUGGCUGACCAGAAUGAGGCCGGUUCGCAGCAUGCACUGGAACAGGAUGCCAGCACUACAACCGCAGCUGAAACUGUUGGGACGAGAGGCAAAGAGCAAGAGCGAAUUAAAAUGCAGACCAGUCCUCCCCAACAACACCACAUGCUGCACGCCCAGGCUACAUCAGACAAAAUGACAGGGAGCAAUCCAGUGUCACCAGCCUCUUCAGGCUCACCGUCCUCAAGUGGGAGCAUCUCACCAUCGCAUCUCACCCACGACUCCUCUUUGGACAGUCAUCUAAGUUUUGAUGGUCCCAAGUCGCAGAACAGAGCCCUGGUGUCGUCUGGGAUGUACAUCUCCCCCGAUCCCGCGAGCAUGUGGGACAAGACACACGCAGAGAUUGCCGAGCAGGCGAAGCAUGAAGCAGAGAUCGAGAAUCGAAUUGCGGAAAUGAAGAAGGAAGGAUUCUGGUCUUUGAAAAGGCUUUCGAAGGUGCCUGAGCCAAUUCGGCCCAAAGUGCACUGGGAUUAUCUUUGUGAGGAAAUGCAGUGGCUCUCUGCUGACUUUGCUCAAGAACGUCGCUGGAAGAGGGGUGUUGCCAGGAAGGUUGUGCGCAUGGUGAUCAGGCAUCAUGAGGAACAGAAGCAGAAAGAAGAACGAGCCAAACGCGAGGAGCAAGCCAAGUUGCGCCGCAUUGCUUCCUCCAUUGCCAAAGAGGUCAAGCAGUUCUGGAGCAACGUUGAGAAGGUUGUGCAAUUCAAGCAGCAGUCACGUCUGGAGGAAAAACGGAAAAAAGCACUGGAUCUGCAGCUGGAUUUUAUAGUGGGCCAGACAGAGAAAUAUUCCGACUUGCUAACCCAAAGCCUCAAUGAGACUCUUCCAGUUCCCAGCAAGACCAGUGGCUCCCGUGCCGGCUCGACUGCUUCUAGUCCACCUCCCCCUGCUCAGCUCAUCGAAGAUGAUGGGGAUUUUCAACCACACGAAGAGUCCGAUGACGAGGAGACAAUUGAAGCUGAGGAGCAACAAGAAGGGAACGAUUCGGAAACACAGCUGCGGGAGAUUGAGCUGCUAAAGCAGGAAAGUGAGCUGCCCUUAGAGGAGCUACUGCAGACAUUGCCCUCCCAAAUCUUAGAAAAUUCCUUCAGUGUCUCUCCUUGUGCCUCCAGCUCGGACAAUGAGGAGGAAGAAGAGGGUGACAGUGAAGAGGAAGUUGAGCAGGAGGAAAGUCAGACCUCUGAAACACUAAAGAAACCCAAACCUGUUACUCAGAGGAAUAAGAAACCUUGGAAACCAGACGAAGAGGAUGAGGAGUUUACAGCCAAUGAAGAGGAAGCUGAAGACGUAGAGGAAACCAUAGAUGCUGAAGAAAAGCUGGAAGGAAAUGUGGAUCACAGCAAAGAACUGGAUGAUCUGGCCAAGGAAGGUGAACUGCCCAUGGAGGAGCUGCUGCAGAAAUAUGCUGGGGCUUACGCUUCAGACUUUGAAGUGGAAGCAUCAGACACUUCAUCUGAGGCACUGGAGCCUAGCACUUCAGAGUAUGAGGAGGAAUCAGAGGAGGAGAAUAGCACUAGUCACUCAGAUUCCACAGAAGAGAUCGAAGAAAGCGAGCAAGAGGAAAGUGAAGUGGAGGAUGCCCUUGAGGAGGAAAGGAGAGAUGCUUCAGUAAUCCAGGAGGAAGAUUUUGGUGUUGAGUACCUGUUGAAGCAGGAUGAUGACAAUGGCGGUGAGGGAGACAAUGAUUCAGCUCCAGCUCCGGGGCCAAAAAAGGAGAUCACAGACAUUGCAGCAGCCGCAGAGAGCCUACAGCCAAAAGGCUACACCUUGGCAACCACACAAGUGAAGACACCAAUUCCCUAUUUGUUGCGUGGCACACUGCGAGAAUACCAGCACAUUGGCCUUGAUUGGCUGGUUACCAUGUAUGAGAAGAAACUCAACGGUAUCCUGGCUGAUGAGAUGGGUCUUGGUAAAACAAUCCAGACAAUUUCCCUGUUGGCGCAUCUGGCCUGUGAAAAAGGCAGUUGGGGUCCUCACCUGAUCAUCGUUCCCACCAGUGUAAUGCUCAACUGGGAAAUGGAAAUCAAGCGCUGGUGCCCCAGUUUCAAGAUUCUAACAUAUUACGGGGCCCAGAAGGAGCGUAAGCUAAAGCGACAG